AUGGUCGCACUCUCCUUCGCCGCCUCGUUCGGCUCGCACAUGGUACUUCAGCAGGCGCCAGCGCGUGCAUCGCUGUGGGGCUUCGCGCCGGCGAGCGCCACUGCCGUGGCAAUCGAGCUUGCCGCCGACGCUGCAUCGACACCCAUCGCCGUCAACAACUUCACCGCUCAAGCUUCGCUGGCGCGCUUCAACGCGACCGCCCUGGUUUGGUCCGUCCUACUGCCAGCCGUGGCAGCGCAGAAGCGGCCCGACGGCUCCGCGGUGCAGUACAGCGUCACGGCGAGGAUGGGUUCGGAAGCUCACGCCACACUCCUCGACGUCCUCUUUGGCGAGGUCUGGCUCUGCUCUGGCCAGUCCAACAUGGCCUUCCUCGUCGAGAACUCGUUUGGCGGCGCAGACCUGGUGCAAGACGCAAAUAACCACCCCGAGAUCCGGCUCUUCACCACGCGCAAACUCACGGCGCAGAGGCCGCUGCAGGAGCUCGGCGAGAGCACCAACAGGGGCGACUGGGUGGACGGAGUCGAGCUGCCGUGGUCGGUGGCGAGCAACGUCUCCAUCUCGAUGAACGCCCCCCGCGCCGGCGGAGCGAAUGACGACAACUGGCUGUACAUGUCCGCGGUCUGCUACCUGUUUGGCAGGGCGCUGCAGGCGGCCAGGAAGACCCCGAUCGGCCUCAUCAGCACGAACUGGGGCGGGACGGCAAUACAAGACUGGAUGCCGCCCGCCGCCCUGGACGACUGCAGGCACGUGUCGGCCGAUGCGGCGGCCGAGUCACUGGCGGCGGAGGGCGGCGGGGCGGAGGGCGGCGGGACGGAGGGCGGCGGGGCGGAGGGCGGCGAGGCGGAGGGCGGAGAGGGUGGCGUCCGCGCCGCCGCGAACCUCUCCACCUGCCUUCCCUGCUGCGAGGAGCCGCUGCCGGGGCAGUUGUGCUGCUGCCCCCCGCCUGGCUGCGCGAUCCCGCCGUCGUGCCCGCCGCCGCCGGCACUGGCAGAGGGAGCGGGGUCGGGAUCAUCGCUGGCAGAAGAGGGGGCAAGGAUAUUGGCAGAGGGUGUGGCGGCAUCGCGCGUGGCGACGCACCUAUACAACGCGAUGGUCUCGCCGCUGCGGAACGUCACGCUCGCUGGCGUGGUCUGGUACCAAGGCGAGUCGAAUGGCGGCGCUCCCGUCCCGUACGCCUGCCAGCUGCCCGCGCUGGUCAAGCGGUGGCGGGAGGGCUGGGGAGGCUGGCGGCGACACGACCACGGCUUCGCCUUCGGUGUGGUGCAGCUGGCGGGCGACGUCGACGAGAAGGCGCCGAUCGCGCUGCCGAUCUUCCGCUGGCUGGGCCAGACGCAGGGCUUCGGCUCGCUGCCCAACACCAAGAUGCCAAACACCUUCCUGGCGAGCGCGUUCGACCUCGGCGACGCGGCGUCCCCGUUUGGGUCCGUCCAUUCCCGCCACAAGAAGGAGGUUGGCGAACGGCUCGCCCUCGCUGCGAGGCGCUGGGCGUACCGGGAGCCCUCCAUCACAGCGGGGCCCAUCCUGCAGAGCGCGGUCGCCGACGCCGGACGCCGGCGCGUCGUGCUCACCUUUCGGGAGGUUGGCCCAUCCGGCCUCGUGCUCUCACGCAUGAACACAUCGAGGGCGCACAACAUGACCAACUGGGACGGCACCACGCCGUUCGAGGUGUGCGCCGACGGAGCGGGCGCGGCGUGCGGCGCGAUGAGCACGUCGUUCGACGGCGCUUGGUCGCUCGCUCCGAGAACCAGCCUCGGCGCCGACGGCAAGAGCAUCGUCCUGAGCGGCUUUGCGGACGGCGGCAGCGGCCGGGGCCGCGGAGGGCGUGCAGAGUUCCCACCCGCGGCGGUGCGCCUGAAGGGUAAGCAUGACGUUCGCGUCGGCUUUGAUCUUGAUGCUGCCGUCGUCGCCGACGUCGGCGAGCUCGGAGGCCUUUGA